AUGGAAUUCCAAAAAGAUUUUCUAACUCUCUCCCUAGCAGGUUACACCGACGAUGGUGGUCAUGAAAAUGGCCCUGUAACAGCUUUGUUACUCGCAACAAGUCCCGUGUUAUCACCACAUACAGCGUCCGGCAGCGGCAGCAGCAACAACAACUCAGAUGACUAUGGUGGUGCUCCUGUUCCUGCUCCUGAAAAAACAGCAAAGGGAACCAUUCCUCCACCUUUUCCAUGGGCCACUAAUCAGAGAGCGAGGAUCCACAGUUUCAGAUACCUGAUGCUAAACAAGAUUAAUAGGAUCAGCGGGACCGUUCAGUGCAAGAGGUGCUUGAACGUGUUCGAGAUGGAGAUUGAUGUGAGGAAGAAAUUAUCUGAGUUGAGGAGAUUCACUGAGGGGCAAAAAGAGGACAUGAAAAAUAGGGCACCCGUUGAGUGGAUGAAGCCAGUGUUGCCAAAAUGUGAGCAUUGUGGCCGAGAAAAUAGUGUGACACCCGUCCUUGCCGGUGUGAAGAAGAAGGCCAUCAAUUGGUUGUUCUUGUUUCUCUCUCAGACGCUGGGCUGUUGCACCAUUAAACAACUAAAGUAUUUUUGCAAGCACACCAAAAAUCAUCGAACUGCUUCAAAAAACCACCUGGUUUAUAUCGCCUAUUCAGGACUCUCCAGACAGUUUGCGUCUGAAUGCUUCGAUUUUUGA